AUGUUGCUUCGACUCUCCAGUGACAAUCCAUGGGUCGUCCAGAGACCAAUCGCCCAAUCUGCUCAACAAGGAGCUGUCAAGCCGCCACUCCCCAGGGAGCAUCAAGGGGUCGUCCGACAACCAAUCCCCCGACCUCCUCCAAAAAACGCCAUUACACUAGAGCUAUCUUCUCCAGUAUGGCGCCAUCGAUUCCUCGCUCGUCAUAAACAUGAGGAGAUGUCUGUUAGAACCGCGUUGCGCCCGCCACCUUGGAAUCCGAAGAGGCUCAGCAGUCCACUUGAAGUACGGUCUCCCACGCCUUCGGGAACCAGUGGUCCACUUGAAGAACGGUCUUUUACCCCUACGGGAACCAGUGGUCCACUUGAAGAACGGUCUCUUACCCUUACGGGAACCAGGAGUCUCUUCAUUACGCUAGCACAGUGCAACAGUGAAGCAGAUACAAAAGCUGUUAAUUACGCGCAUAUAUAUGCAUCUUCUGGAUUGAUCCAGAGAGUGGAGGCCUGGUUGGAGACUAUUGAUUUGCAGUAG